AUGGAGGUGUGCAGCAUAAAGAACAGUGGUCCCUCGUGUCAGGUCGAGCAGCUGGCCAGCGCCUGCUUGUCAGAACAGAGCCGGAGCCCCUGCCGGCUCCAGGCCAAAGGUCUCCGCCCUUGGACUGGCAGCGCCAAUACGGCCUCCAGCGCCGUCAGACACAGAGCUAACGGAAGGGUGACGAACUGCCGCAGGAGCUCCAAUUGCGCGGCCAGCAGGGCGGAGAGCGCCGACCUCGCGAGGAAGGGGGCGGGGAAAGUACUGGUGACAGGGGGUGCUGGAUACUUCGGCCACAGGCUAGGCCGUGCCCUGGCCAGCCGGGGGUUCGAUGUCAUUCUACUGGAUCUGAUCAAGCCGUGCUGGGACACCCCUGACGGAGCCGUCUUUAAUCAGGGUGACAUUCGCAAUCAUGAUUCACUGUAUGAAGUCUGUGAAGGUGUUGACUGUGUGUUCCACACCGCCUCCUAUGGAAUGUCUGGCCCCGAGCAGCUGAAGAAGGAGCAGGUGGAAUCCGUCAAUGUUGGUGGGACAAACAACGUCAUCAAUGUGUGCUUAGAGCGGGGGGUCCCCAGGCUGGUGUACACCAGCACAGUCAAUGUGGUAUUCGCUGGCCGACCCAUCGAGGACGGGGACGAGGACACUGUGCCCUGUGUGCCUCUGGACAUGCACAUAGAUCACUAUUCCCGGACCAAGGCUAUUGCUGAAGGCCUGGUGCUGGCGGCGAAUGGGCGGACGCUGAGAGACGGCGGCUGCCUUCGGACCUGCGUCUUGCGUCCCUCGGGAAUCUAUGGGCCGGAGGAGAGACGCCACCUGCACCGAGUGAUGGUAAAUGUGGAGAGGAGGUUGUUCAGUUUCAGCUUUGGUAACCGUGACGCCAGGCUGAACUGGGUUCAUGUGGACAACCUGGUGAUGGCCCAUGUGCUGGCUGCUGAGGGCCUGACCCUGAAGAAGGGCUGUGUGGCGAGCGGACAGGCCUACUUCAUCAACGACGGCGAGUCGGUCAACCUGUUUGAGUGGCUGACCCCACUGUUUGAGAAACUGGGGUACAGUCGACCCAUCAUCCACCUCCCAGUCUCCCUGGUCUACUCUGCAGCCAUUCUGAUGGAGCGUUUACACAUGGCCCUGAGGCCUAUGAUGGAGAUCCCACUGAUUUUCACCAGGAACGAGGUGAGGAACAUCGCGGUGACCCACACAUUUAAGAUUGAGAAGGCACGUCGAGAUCUGGGCUUCUCCCCACUCAAGUAUGACCUGGCUGACUCAGUGGACCAAUACCUGAAGACCCGCCCAGUGCGGCCCCGCCCACAGCCACUGACUCUCCCCAGGGUUCUCCUGGGCCUGCUGGUGCUGCUGGUCAGCAUGGCUGCCCUGCUGUUCUACUCCUCCGCCUGGGAGAGAUGUGGCCCAACCCUCCGCAACAACAGCUCCCAACCCUGA